AUGGUCGACGUUUCGUGCUUCAAACGGUCCAAGCUCCUGCGUUCGGAGGAACAAAUCGGACGCUAUCGACCAGGCGGCUUCCAUCCCGUCAAGAUCGGCGACACCUUCCAUUGCGGUCGCUACGAGGUCUGUCACAAAUUGGGUUGGGGCGGCUUCUCGACCGUGUGGCUCGCGAGAGAUCAACAGUAUGUUACGUUGGUCCUUAUCCGUGCAACCCACCUCGUCGUCGAGCUUCUCGAUGCGUUCCUUCACCAGGGACCCAACGGGGACCACCAAUGUCUAGUCUUCGAGCUACUUGGGCCGGCGGUCGAUUCCGUGGUCUUUGACCACCAUCACGGCGGAGACCGUCUGGACGCAGAUACCAUCCUUCGCAUCACCAGGCGGCUCCUGCAAGCGGUAUCGGCUAUGCACCGAGCAGGCUAUGCACACGGAGAUAUCAGCGGUGCCAACGUGGCUUUCACGACUAGCCGGCUGGCCACACUGUCCCUCGACGAUCUACUCAAGGUUAUUGGGGCACCCAAGACGGAAAAGCUCGUCCGCCGCGACGGGGAGCCCCUCGCCCCUGGCCUCCCAGAGCAGUUAGUCCAAGAGGCCAGGUGGGAUGACUGGAGCGACGAAGACGAGGAGGACAUCCGGCUUAUCGACCUUGGCGAAUCCUUCCCUCAUGCGACACCACCUGCCAAGCUUGCGGAGCCGUGGGGAUUACAGUCCCCCGAGGGAAUAUUUACCGGGAAAUUCGACCACAGGGUCGAUCUGUGGCGGGCCGGCUGCACGAUAUACUUCUUGGUGAUGGCCUUGAUUCCCUUCAACCACCUUGGGGACAUGAACGCGUUGGUAGGGCAGAUGAUUCAUUUCGUCGAGGACCUGCCCGCCGAAUGGCGACCCCAAUGGGAGUGCAUGAAGCAAGCCGCCACGAGAAGCUGGGACCACAUUCCAGCCCAGAUGCCGGCGCAGUCCAAGCUGGAGGAAACAUUCACCAAGAAGGUGACAGAGCCGGGGUUGGCGCCACUUCUGCCUGUUAUUAGCGGGCUGAUGCGGUUUCGACCCCGGGAUCGUAUCUCGGCGGACGAGGCGCUGGCGUUGUUGGAUGGGCAUGGGACGUAGUGC